UUAUCAUGAUUGUUUGACUAUGGUAAUCAAAGGAUCAACCAUAGAAAUGGAAAAAGUCCCAACCAUUUUCACUGUAAUUGAUUUAUCGAAAAACAAUUUCGAAGGUCAGAUUCCACAGAUCAUUGGAAAGUUAAAUUCAAUCCGCGGGCUCAACUUGUCUCACAAUAGCCUUACAGGUCAUAUACCAACAUCUCUUGUUAAUUUGACAAUGCUCGAAUGGUUAGACCUCUCUUCCAACAAACUCAUUGGGGAGAUACCUCCUCUUCUCCAAUUCCUGGUCAACCUCACCGUCCUAAACCUCUCCUCCAACCUCCUUUCCGCCCAAAUCCCACUCCAAAUCGCCUUCUGCGCCUACCUCAACGUCAUCGAUCUCAGCAAUAAUCUUCUCACGGGUUCGAUUUCAGAGCAACUGGGGCUUCUGGUGCUAUUAUCGAUUUUCGAUGUGUUGAAUAGCCGGUUGGCGAGUCCGAGUCCGAUGGCCCUGGGGAACCGGACUGGGAAUUUGGUGAGGUUCAAUACCAGCUCGUAUGUGGGGAAUAAGGAUCUAUAUGGGUACCCAUUGCCGCCAUUGAAGGGUAAAGGCCUUUCAAUUAUGGCGAUUGUGGGAAUCGGAUUGGGAAGUAGGUUGUUGAGCUUGGUGCUCAGUUUUAGUACUGUGUGUAUAUGGUUGAGAGUUUCUGAGCAGAAUAUAACUGUUGAAGAAGGUAAAAUUAGUCAGUUCAUGCCUGAUUAUUGA